AGUAACUUUCUCGUCCAAUCAAAUUGCAUCAUUCGAAAUGUGGAGCGAACUUUGAAGCUCUUGGAAGACGGCGAAUGUAAUCACAACAUCUCAAAGUGAAUUUCAAGUCAUUAACACUGCCGACUUAGAUUAUUUCCAAGAAGUUGAAACAUGGAAGGUGGGAAGGCAAGGGGAAAUUAUGCAAGCGCCUAUAAGUUGUCUCGUUCCACUAUCAACCAGAAGGCACUUCGGCGAGAAAGACGCUCGAUUGAACAGAAGGAACUUAGGCAUGGAGAGAUUAACAAGCGUAGGAACUUGUGUGACCUUUCACCUCUACAAGAAGGCGACUUGACAGCAACCCAGGAUAAAAGCUACAAAGAUAAAACUCCUCAGAAACCAAGAGCAAAUGAAAAGGCCAAGAAGGGCAUGGAUCGUCUUGAGCAGCUAAAAAAGUGGAAAGAGGAAAGAGAAAGAAAGCGCAAAAUGGAAGAGGAAGAGUACAGAAAGAAAAAUCCUGUAUUCCGUGUUAGCAAGGCUGUAGACCAUGCUGAUACUAGAUUGUUCGGAAAAUCAGCUACUAAAAAACAUCCAGUAAAACCAAAGCCAGCACCAGUUGGCAAGCCUAUUAGUCAUACUGGACCAGCUUCUCAUCACAAACAAGUUACACACAGCAAACCAGCAAGUCAGACCAGUUCAGCAAGCAAACCAAACACUGAAAACAGAUCAAGGCAACUUUCCGGAAAGCGACAGGCUGCUGGAUACCAACAUACAACAACAACUAAAGAAAAGACCAACAAAAAAGUAGAGAAGGCCCCAGUUUCAACCACUCGAAGUUUGCGCAGUUCUAGACAGCCAGCUCCGGAGCCAACAUCCCGUACUACCAGACAGAAAGCUAAGAGUAAAGCAAUAGAGUUUGAAGCAGCAGCAGUCCCGGAGUCAAGUUUUGGGUUUAAUGCUAGCUCGUUUGUGUUCCGUCCAUUGAGUCCAACCAGUGCAGCAGGCUUCCUUUGUCCAAACCCAGACAGCUCAUGUGUCUCAUUCCUUGAGACAAAUCCAAAAAGAAGCUCUACACCAAAGAAAGACCAGGAGAAGAAGAGCAAGGCUGAUGAGACAUGCAGUGACAAAACAGCAUUCAACCAAACAGACACGAGUUUGACUCAAAACAUUACGCAUAUGAACUCCACCACCAUUGAACAAAGUGAAAAAACAGUCGUAGAUACCCCAGGUACAAAGAACAGAAGUGUCCGCAGAUCAAGGCGUUCUGUUAAAUGUGUUGACAGUGAUGUGAACACAAUAAAAGAUCAAACAAACGUUCCAACAGAGACUGCAAAAAAAGAUUUAGAAAAAGAAGAAACGCCUCGAAGAAAAUCAAGACGUUCAGUUGUAUCUGUGGUAAAUGAGGAGAAAGAGGAGUUGAAGAAUUUGGAGAAGGUCAAAACAACGCCCAGAAGAAGCCUUAGACGAUCUGUUUUGUCGGUCAAUAGUGAAGUAGAGGAAGGUACCAAGUCAGAGGAGGAUGUUCAGAAACCAAGGCGUUCAACUAGACGUCGCUCUGCUGCUGCAUCUGUAAGCUCAGACUCUGACGCUAAGGAAACUGAGAGUGGAAGUCCAGUAAAGAAUGGUAGAAGUCUUAGAAGUUCUGUAGCAUCUGUUGGUUCUGACAGUGAAAACAUAGUUGAGAAAAUUACACCAAAGAACAGAAGAAAGAGUCGUAGAUCAGUUGCAUUAGUGCAUGAACCAGAAAUUCUACCUGAAAUUUCUGAAGAUGCAGAUACUUCUAAUGGUAGUAGUGACGUGUUUGAAGAUAACACAGAUGAGGAUAAAGAAAAUUCAGGACCUGCCAGAAAGACCGAUGCGGUUCACAUGAAGCCUUCAUCUGAUAGUGGUGUUGAUCUGGCCAUACCAUUGGAAGAAAAGACCCCAACCAACAAAAAGACUAAGAAAGGAAGACACAAGUCAUUUGGGGGAUUCAGACUGCCAGAUGCUGAAUCGGUUGUGUUAUCUGCAAGAAGAAAUCCGCGGAGAAAGACUUUAAUGCCCAAAAGCCCGGAAGAAUGGAUAGAAGUGCUGAGCAAUAGUCCAAUGGUAGAGAUGUCAAGACGCAAACAUAAGUAUGGAAACACAUCUCUACCAACCCUUGACUUUGAUAAUAUUGACCUGGAAGAACCUAACAGCGCCAUGGUAACUGAAGGUACAGAGGUGAAGGCCUCAGAAGCAGGCUCAGAGAGUCCACAAGGUGUUGCUAUGGAGGGGAAUGAAGUAUCUCCUGUUGCCAUGGAUAUAUUGAAUGAAUCUAACAAAGAGAAUGAGCCUCAAGCUGAACUUUUGACAGAAACAAAUGACCAGGCUGUGGUUCAAGUUGGUGAAGUAAGCAGCACACAGGAUGGACCACUUAACGAAGAUAGCAGCAGUGACUCGGAGCAAGAUGUUCCCUAUUUCCGUAAGCUAUUGUGUACUGAGACUAACAGACUGAAUGGGCUUAGUGAUCACUGGAAUUUGAUAAAUGAAAAAACGGAACUCACAGAAGAAGUUCAUGGUCAGAUCCGCACAACUGUAGGGCAGGCAAAGUUACUGAUGAACCAGAGAUUCAAGCAGUUCUCAGGUCUUGUAGACAACUGCGAGUUCAAACUUGGGGAGAAAGAAACAACCUGUAUGGACCUGAAAGGAUUCUGGGAAAUGAUCUAUUAUCAGGUUGAAGACGUAGAUAAAAAGUUUGAUGAACUGACUAAACUGAAGGAGAAUAACUGGGUAGAUGAUAAACCUAAACCUGCUGUACAGAAAAUCAAGAAAAAAGUUUCAAAGCCAGUGGUCAGUAAGCCAGCAGUUAAGUCGAAGUUUGCAGCUUUCCGUGCCCAAAUGAAGAAGCAAAAAGAGUCAGUGAGCAGUCCAGUAGCUCAAAAGGUGGAGGAAGAAAAGGUGUUUGAAGUACCGGGAUUCUUUACUGUCGCAUCACCAGUGAGAUCUCCAAAACCACAUUGUGAAGGCGGUACCCCAAGAAAACCUACACCUACAUUUAGCAGUGCGGAGAAUAAGAUAUCUAAGGACACACUGGUUGUCCAAAGUAGCAGUGAAAUGCUUGCCAAUAGAACACCAUCAAGAAAGAGCUAUAUCCCUGCAGUGCCAAGUCCACUAUUAAAAGAUACCACGCCCCUCCCACGGCCCACUAGGACAUGCACUCAGAAGACUCCACUACCAAAACGUAUAAUUGAUGAAGUAGACAGGUCCGAGCAUUGUAGUGAAAGUGAAAGCAAACGAGUGAAGAGAACACCUGCUAGGAGAAGUCUUCGUCCAAGAAAGUCUGUGAACUUUGCUGAUGAGAUAAGCGUUGGUCAGGUAUCUUCACCAACAGUUGAAGGAACAGAUGCUGAUUUUGCUCGUCUUUUACAGCCUAUGACAGAAGAGCCUGCAGGUGAUAAGGCUGGAGAUGUUUUAAACGACUCCUUAUCCAGAUAUCUUCAACCACUUAGUAGUCUUGAGAAAGAAGACACCCCAAAACAAGGAAGAAGCAGGAGAACAAGUCUGAAGGGCUGUCGAUCAACAGAGAGACGUAGAUCUCGUCAGCGUAGUGUUCACUUUGUCUCACCAACUGCAGAAGAGACUUCACAUAUCAAACUACCACAUACACCUUACAAUAGAGAUUCACUUGUAAAACAGAAGAGAGUGACCAGGAAGUCCCAGCAGCUAGAAGAGGAUAUUUUCAGCAUUGAUAACAUUGAUAACGAUGAAAAUGUUCCCCCACCUUCUUUUAGAUCCCCAAGGCCUAGUCUGUUGGGCACACCACCAGACAUGAAGCGUAGAGAACCAAAUACAUCUGCCUAUGUACCAACAGGAACUCUUAUUUCCUUUACACCAUGAAGUUCUGUUAAAAGAUUUAGGACUUGUAUCUAGAUCUGUUUAGUAAUCCUGUUGAAGUGACUGCUAAAAACCUAAUGCUAGUGCAGAACAUGCAGGAUAGACACUGGAGAAUAUAGUGCCUAAAUGUCUCAUUCACAUAAACUCUGCUGCUGCCAAUAGUGACCUACAUCAAUGUGCUUUGGAGUAUGUUUGCCCCAUGAUAAGUGGAAUUUAAAGGACAUUUUGAUCUUCCAAAAAUAUAUUGCCAGGUCAAAGUUAAUUGUCAUAUUUGAAGUAUAGAAGCAGUUGCACAAUGUGAACUGUUCCAUGUCUUCACUAGACUGGAUUAAAAACAAUUCCAGCAUAAAUAUUUAUGAGAAACACAGUCUUAAUCAGUUCAUUUGUUUGACCUAUGUCCUAGAGAAAGAUUGCAUUGAAUAUUAUGUGUGCUAAAUGAUAAGGAUAUUCUUCCAUGGUGCUAAGUUUGACUGCUUGUUGGUUAGCAGAGGUAAUGGCUGACUGAGGGACAUUAAUAAUAUGUAUAUACUUGUAUAUUAAAAUUUGUAUACAGAGUUUUAUCUAUUUGCAUACAAAACUAGAUGACAGGAAUAUUUUCCUUAAAAUAUGUUAUUUAGUAGAAAGUCUGAUGUAUGCUUCAUUAAUCAAUAUCAGUCUUCAGUGAUGCAGUCAAUUAAAAAUUAUAUAAUUAGUUACUUGUAAACAGGUUUGCCACCAGGCUAAAAAAAAGUCAGGGAAAAUUAAUUUUUAACUACAUCAGUGAAUUCUCAGGGAAUUCUGAAAUUUUUUGAAAUUUCAAAAAAGUUUGGGGAGGGGGGGGGGAACAAUUUUGAUGGUUCCAGUGAGGAAUAUCCUAUCCUCCAUUUAAACAAACUGACAUUUUUUACACUCAUAUGUUUGCAUUUAAAAAAGAAUUUGAAUAAAUAAACAGUAAAUUGGUGGAUCGUUAAACUAAGGAGGAAGAUGCAGACAAAAUUAGGUGGUAUUGGUCUGUGAAAAGCCAGCAAAGUUUAUUGUCAUAAAAUUAUAAGAUCUGCUUUUUUCAUGGCAUUUUGAUCAUACACUUUAGAGUUGUUAGUAAAAGUUAAUUCAUCUUUAUUAAUAUAUAAGGAACAGUUGUAUCGUAGAUUUUGUUUAAGUUUUGUUCCAAGGAUAGAAUUUCUAUUAAAAGUAACUUUGGUAAUUUUGAAACAUUUUUAGACUACGUUAUUAGGAGAAAUCAUUUAAGAAAGUGAUGUGAUUUAAAACAAAUAUUUUGAAUCAGUUUUCUACCCAGGUUUCUGUUCUUUCUGUUAAACGAGUUUUUCUUAUUUAGUAACUGAACUUUCAAUACUUUCUUAUUUGUCAUGUUUACUGUUCUUACAUUUUCUUGUUCUUUCAUUUUUCUUCCUAUCUGUGUGUUUGAAUUUGUAAAUUUCUCUAGAGAUUUCUUGUUGUAUAUCUUCUCUUUUGAUAUAAAAUCAUUGUCAUUCUUGUCUAUAUUGUUUACUCUUGCCCUGUAAGCUCAUGAUGCUUUGAAAUAUGGGAUUUGAUGAGGUAUUCAGUAGUGACUGCACCUGGUGUUACAAUAAUAAUUCAGAAUACUGUAGUUGGAACUUGUGUUUGAAUUCUGCAUUGCUAUGUAACAUUCUAUAAUUUGUUUCUAAUAAAUUGUUUCAAAUUGUA